AUGGCCGUGCACCCUGCGGAGAUGUGGCUCGGCCUCAUCCGGCUUGUCCGUGUUUCACAGCAGCACGCGGGAUACAGCUCACUGGCGAUAACCAAAGACGCUCACCUGGAGCAGGAGAAGCACGAGCUGAGGCGGCGCUUUGAGAACAGAGAGGGCGAGUGGGAGGGCCGCGUCUCAGAGCUGGAGAGUGACGUGAAGCAGCUACAGGACGAGCUGGAGAAGCAGCAGGUCCACCUGCGCGAAGCCGACCGGGAGAAGACGCGGGCCGUCCAGGAACUCUCCGAGCAGAACCAAAGACUCCUGGACCAGCUCAGCAGGGCGUCGGAGGUGGAGCGGCAGCUCUCGCUGCAGGUGCACACGCUGCGGGAGGAUUUCCGCGAGAAGAGCUCGUCGAGCAGCCAGCACAUCGUGCGGCUCGAGAGCCUCCAGGCCGAGCAGGUCCUCGAAAUCAAAAUGCUGACGGACCGAAAGCGGGAGCUGGAGCAUCGCCUCAGUGCCAUGAUGGAGGAGAACGACCUGCUGCAGGGCACCGUGGAGGAGCUGCAGGACCGUGUGCUGGUGCUGGAGAGGCAAAGCCAUGACAAGGACCUGCAGCUGCACCAGAGCCAGCUGGAGCUCCAGGAGGUGCGGCUGUCCUACCGGCAGCUGCAGGGGAAGGUCGAGGAGCUCAGUGAGGAGCGAAGUCUCCAGAACUUCAACACAACCAGCACAUCCCUGCUUUCCGAGAUUGAGCAGAGCAUGGAGGCAGAGGAGCUGGAGCAAGAACGGGAACAGCUAAGGUUGCAACUCUGGGAAGCUUAUUGCCAAGUGCGAUACCUCUGCUCCCACCUCCGCGGGAACGACAGCGCGGACUCUGCGGUCUCCACAGACUCUUCCAUGGACGAGUCUUCAGAAACCUCAUCAGCCAAAGAUGUCCCAGCUGGCAGCCUACGUGCAGCUCUCAGUGAGCUGAAAAGACUGAUACAAAACGUGCUGGAUGGGGCAGACUCCACGAGUUCCCGGCGAAGCGAUGACGACACCUUAGAAGAACAGAUCAGGCGAACAAGUGAGGACUCGCGAGCCCUGAGGGAAUUAAUGGAGGGAGAGCGGGGGAAACUGAGGCAGAGUUUGGAGGAGCUGCAGCGCCUUCACAGCCAGGUCACUCUGCUGAGCGUGGAGAUGACGACGCUGAAAGAGGAACGGGACCGGCUCCGCGGAGCAGCCGAGGACAAGGAGACGUGCGAACGGCUGCUGCAGGCCAUCAGGGACCGAGACGAGGCCAUUGCCAAGAAGAACGCGGUAGAGGUAGAACUGGCCAAGUGCAAGAUCGACAUGAUGUCCCUCAACAGCCAGCUGCUCGACGCCAUCCAGCAGAAAGUGAACCUCUCGCAGCAGCUGGAGGCCUGGCAGUGGCCUUUCUCAGUUCCUGUACCAACAGCUUUAGUCGUACACCCCUCCUGCCUUUGAGGAUGACAUGCACAGGGUCAUUGACCAGCAGCUGAUGGACAAACACCCGAAGGAAUGGUGCCAGCUUGCCUAUUCCUUCUCCAGGGG